GCUGGCCUAUCGCACCGUGGCCGACCCCCUGUGCCCUGCCCACCCCAGCGGUCCCUCUCCAGCCCCGCCAGAGCCAAUCCGCGGCGGGGUGUAAAGUAGGGCAAGCCGCUUCCUGGUUCAAGGAGGAGCUGCCUGGAGUUGGAAUGGGCCAGCGGAGUCAGAGAGGGGGGAGAACAGCCCAGCGAGCCGGCGGUCUGCAAAGAGAGAGCCGAGGCAGGGGGAUAUAAACGCCGACAGAGAGACAAGAAGAAGCUGAUAUUACAGAGAACUCCCGGGCAAUACGUGGUUCGUCAGAGGGACUGGUGUGAGAUUUUGGACAGUGCCGAGAGAGCAGUGACCCCCGGGGAGCGACGAGGGGGGGAAAGAGGCUGGUGGGAGUGAAUCCAGGAAGUACAGAAGCCGGUCAGGUGGGACGCGACGAGAUAACAUAGGUGACACCGGCGCACAGCGUUGUAUCCCUGGAAACCUUUUGGCUCCGCUGGAGAAGAACAGAAGCAGGAAGACGUGGAAAAUAGAGAGGGAGGAAGAGAGCAGGGACCUGUCCUCCUCUGAGUUUAUGGACUGGAGGUGGCGAUGUCUCCAGGAGAGGACGGUCUGAUCGGGAUCCCCUUCCCAGAGCACAGCAGCGAGAUCCUGUUCCGCCUCAACGCCCAGCGCAGGGCGGGGCUACUCUGUGACCUCACCCUGACCUCGCGGGGUGCCCGCUACCCUACCCACCGCUCCGUCAUGGCUGCCGUCAGCCUCUACUUCCGCGGGCUGUUUGGAGCGGAGGAGGGGGCCGAGGCAGGGGCCGAGGCGGGGGGGGGAGGAGGGUUCAGUGUGUGCCAGCUGGACUGUGUCGCGCCCGAUGCCCUGGAUGCCCUGCUGGAGUUUGCCUACACGGCCACCCUGACCAUCCGCAGCUCUGGCAUGAGAGAUGUGUUGAGAGGAGCUCAGUUACUGGGGAUCCAGUGUGUGGUUGAUGCCUGUAGAGACAUACUGGGGGAGACGGCGGGGGAGGUAGAGUGGGAGACGGGGGAGGAGAGCGUACAGGCGGAGAGGGAGAGAAGGGUGGAGAGGGGGAUGAAGAAAGGCUCCCGGAGGAAGAUAGACAGACGGAGAGUCACCAAGGUGGAGUCAUCGCACCACCAGCCACUGCCUCAUCACCCCAACAUUAACACACACCAGCACCCCUCCACUCCUCCUCCACACCCCUCACCUGUUCAAGACACGGCCCACUCUCAUCCCUCCACCCGACCCCCCAGCCCUGAGCAGGAUGAACACCCCCCCACCACGGGACAGAACGGGGAGCGGAAGCAGGGCAGGGGUGCAGGGAGAGGGAGUACAGCAGUCAACGGAGGGGUGCACUGGCCUCAGGAGCGCCUCCUCGCCCCCAACCCCCCUCUUCCCCUCUCAGACGACAGGCUGUCAGAAGACGAGGAGGAGAUGGAGGGAGUGGGGAACGGUGGGGUGCCCAGCUUUACUUCAGCCCCCCUGGCAGAGCAAGAGGUGGCCACAGGGGCAGGAGGAGGGGGUAGGAAGAGGAAGUCUCAGACCCCCCAGCAGUGUCCUGUCUGUCAGAAGAUCAUCCACGGAGCAGGGAAGCUGCCCAGACACAUGAGAACACACACCGGGGAGAAACCAUUCGAGUGCUCGACCUGCGGGGUCCGCUUUACCAGGAAUGACAAGUUGAAGAUCCACAUGCGUAAACACACAGGGGAGCGUCCGUACCCUUGCCCCCACUGCCCUGCCCGCUUCCUGCAUUCCUACGACCUGAAGAACCACCUGUCUCUCCAUAGUGGGGCACGCCCCUUCGAGUGCCCGCUCUGCCACAAGGCCUUCGCCCGUGAGGACCACCUCCAGCGCCACCGCAAGGGCCUCAGCUGCCUGGAGGUCCGUACCCGGGCACGGCCGAGGCGCGGGCCUGGGGCUGACCACGGGGAAGAGGGCAGAAGGGUUAGAGGAGGAGGAAGAGGGUAUUCUCCAGACCAACUUGAGAAUCUGGCCCUGCAGCCCCACGCCUCAGCAUUCCACCCCCGUGCUGGGAUGGUUAGCCUGGGAGAUGGUGCUGGGGCUGGAGGUCAAAUGGUGUUCCAGGAGGAGGCUGACGGGGAGCAAGCUAUAGCCCUCCUAGGGCCUCACAGGUUACCCUACUCUGGUCUGCUGUGGAGAGGCCUGGAGCUGGGGGUGAGAGGGGUGGAGGGGGAGGAGGCAGGCGGGGGCCACUCUCCUGCACUUCAGCAUGCAAGAUGGGAGGAGGAGGCAGAGGAGGAUGAGGAAGACGAGUGAGAAGAGAGGAAGAGUAGAGCGUGCAUGGAUGUGCAUGUGCGUGUGCGUGUGUGUGCGUGUGCGCGUGCGCGUGUGUGUGUGUGUGGCACCUACAGUAUGGAUGGGGAUCUCACUCAGGUGACUGGACCUCCUUCUUACAAAGCGCUUAGAGAGACUAAACGAUAGAGAAAGAAUCAUGGAAAACGGGUUUCUGUUUUGUCAUUGUUGUUUCAUGGCUCUCUGUUUUUAUUUCAGUUGUCUUUUAUUUCUAUUUUCAUGCUGUGGUUAUUCUUAUUAGCUGUACUUAAAAAGGCUUUAUGUUUUGCACAUAGAUGUGCUGAUGGGGAUAUGGGGUUCUUUUCUCUCACUAUGCAAACUAAAGUCAGGAGAUGAGAAAUGAUGUGUCCAGAUGUAAAACAGAAGAGAAAAUAAAUCCUGUAUUUUUGAGCAGAGUGCUGUUAGAGUAAUAUAACAAUCAGAUGUUACUGAAGUUCAAACAAUGUAUGUACAACAUCCAUCUGGCACUACUAAACCCUAUCACUCUUCAUCUCACUAUACUAGCACUCUCAUUGGGGUAGUAAGAAACCAGAAUCAUCCGGUUUUCAGUGGAAAAGCAGAGAAGACACAAAGUCUGAAAACCGGUAGCUUCCGGUUCCUUCCGACCCACUCAGGUGUUUGUUUUACGCCUGCUAAGUUAGGUAAGUAUAGUAGUAGGUGUGGAAUCUGCUGUUUGACUUUGGGUGUACCCUACUACCCUCUAGUGGUUAUUGGUGGAGCUAGUCGCCAAUGGCAACAAGUCACCAGGUUUCCUAUUG